AUGGCACACGAUGUUCGACUUGUUGGUUACAGAUUCUGCUGCCAGCAAGCGUACCAGCGACGGAUUUUGUCCAGAACCAAUGUUGUCCCAUUCAUCGUGACGUCACGAAAUAUUGGAAUUUCGCUCACAUUCGAAUAUACCUAUGUAGAUGCAAGAGCACGAUUCGACGCCCCCUACGACGAGACGCCG